AUGAAUCAUUUUUUGUUAAUUGUAAAUUUAAUAAAUUCAUCUAAUUAUAUAGAAGAAAGUUCUUCUAAUAUAUUAAACACUGAUUAUAGACCAGAAGAUGAUGAGUUUAUACAGGUAUGUUUCCCUGAAAUAGCUGAUGUAUUAAUUGAGUCAGAAAACGAUGAAAGAAAAAAUUAUUAUAGUAAAGAAGAAAGUUCUAAAUCUGAAAUUGAAGAAAAAAUUAAAUAUGAUAAUAUAGAAGAAAGUUCUUCUAAUAUGUUAAACACUGAUUAUAGACCAGAAGAUGAUGAGUUUACACAUAUAUAUUUCCCUGAAAUAGCUGAUGCAUUAAUUGAGUUAGAAAACAAUGAAAGAAAAAAUUAUUAUAUUGAAGAAGAAAGUUUUAAAUCUGAAAUUGAAGAAAAAAUAAAACCUGAUAAAAAAAGAAAACAUGAAAAAAAAUCUCACUUAGAUAUAAAAAACUGUAAUAAUAAAAUACAAAAAACAGAAGAGAGUAAAAAUACUAAUUUAAAACGUUCAUUUGAAACCAAUAAAGACAAAAAUAAAAGUAUCCGUAUAAAUGAUGCAAUUACUAUUUUUGUAGUAAAAAAAGAAUCUAAUUCUAAUCUAAUAGGGAACACAAAAAUAAUUCAAUAUUCUCAUAUAAAACAAAAAAAUUAUAAUUUCUUAAACGAAUUUCAAAAACUAACUGAAAAAGAGGAAUUAAACGCUACAUACAGAAAAAAUUUAUCUAAAAUAUUAAAUAGAAAAUUUGAGUUUACAAUUCCAUUGGAGAAUUUUUUAAUAAUUUUAAAUCAGAAAACAUUUAAUAAAGACAAGUUAAACCAAAUUGCUAAUUUAAAUAAUAUGACUACUGAUGAUAAACCUUAUGAAUUGAAUUAUUUUGAAUGUUUUUUAUUGAGAGCAGUUCAUUGUUUAACAAAGCAUGAUGAUUUAGAAAAAACAAAAAAUUUUAAAGUUGCAAAUGUUUUUAUAGAUUUAUUAAAUAGAUUCAUUGAGUUUUAUGAAUAUCUGAAUAAACUGAAAGAGGUAUUUGAAUUGAUAAACAACAAUGAUGAAAAUAUUUUACCUACAAAGUUAGAUGAGAUAGUUUCAAUAAUUAAUCAAAAAUUUUUAUUGCAACUUGAGUCAUUUAAAGAAAAAGAAUUAAUUUUUAACAAAAUUUGUUCUUCUUUAACUCACAAUAAAAUAAAAUUAACUUAUUUUAUGAUGGGAGUUGAUUGUGAUAAAACAAAUUACACGUAUAUGUUAGAAAAAUUUAAUGAUAUUCCUGUUUUUAAUAGCUAUUCAGAAUAUAAAAAUAUACUUAAAGAAGUAAGUAUACUUUAUGUUUUUUAUAUUAAUUCCUUGUAUGUAUUUGGUAAAUUUGAUUAUUAUUAUUUAUCAGAUACAAAAAAAGAAAUAUUAAUUGAUUUUGUUAAAUUAAUAAAUAAUCUACAAUGA